ACCCACGUAGAUUCCUUCAAAAGAAUGAUCGCUGGUUAUCAUCCAUAGACACGUUUCUCGCUCUCUCUGUGUGUCAUGGACAAAUCACUAUCCCUCGUCCACGUCAAGCUCCUAGCCUUCGACCUCCUCUCCCUGGCCCAAUCCCCGACCAACCCCCCGACCUUCUCCCGCGACGGCGCCUCCCUUUCCCGCGCCGAGGCCCUCGGCGUCGUCGUCUCCCGCGAGCACAAGCCCGACCGCUUCCUCAAGUUCGCGGUCGACGACGGCACCGGCUGCGUCCCCUGCGUCCUCUGGCUCAACCACGCCACCUCUCCCUACUUCGCCCGCCAGCGCCCGCAAGGUGUUCGACUGAUUGCCGAUAUGGCGAAUGGCCAGGCCUCGCUGGUGAAGCUGGGCUCGGUCGCUCGGGUGCGGGGCAGGAUCACGAGCUACCGGGGCGCGGUGCAGAUCACGGUGUCGAGCGUCGCCGCCGAGCGGGACCCGAAUGCGGAGGUCCUGCAUUGGCUGGAUUGCUUGAAGCUUGCCCGAAGGGUCUAUGGUCGCCCACGAUCGUGAGAAAUGCUUGCACGGACUGAGCCCCAUGGACAGGACCCGACUGCCAUAGAUGACGGUUGCUCUCUCUCUCUCUCUGUAUACGCAAGAAACAUAGAUUUGUGCAAAGCAACCGUGUAAGAUUGUCUUCGGUUGCACUCUCUCUCUCUCUGGGUACCUGUCCCUAUUUGCUCCCUCUAGGAUGCUUCUCUCGUUGGCUCUUUUUGUAAUUGGGUUAUAACUCUCUUCUACUUUACAUCUUCCCAAUUGGAAAAAUCCUAUGCAGGCUAUGCUGUCUUAGGCCUCUCUAUUAGAACUCUGGUCUUUGAGUAAAAACCCAAAUGAAGUUCAGAGAAAAAUGAAAAGACCAAUAAUGAUGCAAAAGAUACAAGUGACUGAUAUAAAUGAUAAUGCAAGAUAUAUAAGUGAAUGACA